UCUUCCAAGGGGCGACCACCCUUCUCUCCCUCGCGCGGUCCCCAUUCUCGCGUUUCUUCCGAUCAUGGCGUACGGGUUGCGUAGUACUAUACGCGAGUAAGACUGCGCGGAGCCAGGAAUCGGCUUUGAACGUUCCGAGAGGAGAUUUUUUUUAAAAAAAAAAUAUAAUUUGGAAAAAGAAGAUGCGAAGAAAAAAAAAUGAGUAGUAUUUGAACGUGUGUAAGCAGUUCCGAUUCUGAAGGUCCGUUCCUGCUGAUCGGAAUUUCGAUCGUUUUGGAUUACCGUUUCGACAGCUUCUCUAUUAUUCUUCCCGGAGCAAUGAAGAGACCGAUACCGCAAGUGAAUCAAUGCUAAGGUGCUCACCCCAGACGACUUGCAUGAAACUCGUGUUAUUCCCUGCUCAAAAUGACUUCGUUCGGACUUGAUCGCGUUCGUGAAGUUUCAGCAGUGAUAGAACCUCCUCGCUUUUAUUUCGCGAUCGGGUAAGCCGUGAACGGAAAAUGGCAAGCUUACCAGGGUCAAAACCUCUGGUUGAACUAUCAGCCUCUCUAACCUUAAAAGAUUCAGCGUCGGCCGUUUAAUUCGAUUCCUGAAUAGCGAGAUUGUUGGGUAGAACGGUGAAAGACAUGGUGUUGGGUUGAAUGCAGGUGAACGCGAGUAUGGAACCAGGAGGGUUGGACGAGUCGGUCCCCUCGGUGGACCUGCAGAAUGAAAGUGCGUGGACGGAGUCCCUGGGGGUCUCGAACGAGACAGGGACCGGGUACAACCAGUUCAUCCUGCCGUUCUGGAAGCAGUGCCUCUGGACGAUGCUCUUCGCGCCGAUGAUCCUGAUCGCCUGCUGCGGGAACCUGAUCGUGAUCUGGAUCGUGCUCUCGCACAAGCGGAUGCGCACGGUGACCAACUACUUCCUGGUGAACCUCUCGGUGGCCGACGCCAUGGUCUCCGCCCUCAACGUCACCGUCAACUUCGUCUACAUGCUCUCCAGCGACUGGCCCUUCGGCCUCGUCUACUGUAAAAUAGCUCAGUUUAUCUCAGUGCUAACCAUUUGUGCCUCCGUCUUCACGCUCAUGGCCAUAUCCAUUGAGAGGUAUAUGGCGAUCAUCUAUCCGUUACGGCCCAGGAUGGGCCGACACAUGACGUUAUGCAUAGCCUCAUCGACGUGGAUAAUAGGCCUUGUUUUAUCGCUGCCGCAACUCUUGUUCUACACUACGUUUACAAUUACUUUCUCGGAUAGUACAACGCGAAGUAUAUGUUAUGCCGAAUGGCCCGACGGUGCAACAACAAAGAGCGAAAUGGAGUAUGUGUACAACAUCACUUUUAUGACGCUGACUUAUUUCGUGCCGGUUUGCGCGAUGCUAUGCACGUAUACUCGAGUAGGUUUCAAAUUGUGGGGAAGUCAAAGUAUCGGCGAAAGCAUCUCGCGACAGCUCGACAAUAUCAAAUCAAAACGAAGGGCUGUGAAAAUGAUGAUAGUUGUAGUAGUUAUAUUCGCCGUGUGUUGGCUUCCGUUCCAAAUUUAUUUUAUCGUCACUUCGCUGGUGCCCGAAAUCACGGAGUCCCCGUUUAUACAAGACGUUUACUUAGCAAUAUACUGGCUCGCUAUGAGCAAUUCCAUGUACAAUCCAAUUAUCUACUACUGGAUGAAUGCAAGGUUCAGGGAUGGCUUUAAAGAGUUCUUUUCAUGGUGUCCGUUCAUCCAUCCAUCACCCGAGGGAUUAACCAGGCGAGAGGUCAUCACGAGUCGAUACAGCUGCUCAGGUUCGCCAGAGGCUCCUUACAGGAUAGUCAGAAACGGUACGAUGUGCGUGAGGUGCGCGCCGCUGCGCCUCGGCUCGACGGAGACUUGCGCGACGACGCUGAACGACUCGCCGAGCUGCAGCGGGAGCCGGAAGGCCUCCAAGGGCGCCCACCACGGCCACGGGAGCGGCCACUCGCGGCGGUGCCGCCAGAACGGCCACGGGCACCACGUCUCCUGACACGGGGACCGGGAGCGGGAGUCGAACCCGGACCACGGCGACAAGGACCGGGACCGGGAUUCCAAACCCGCCCAAUCCCAAACCUGGAUCUGAGGAGCCUCCCCCACCAGCAUCCCCACCACCCACCCUCUCAUCACGCAUCACGCCACGCCCAUCUUGCCCUUAGAUCCUAGAGGCAGUCAAGUUCAAAACGCGUAUUUCAUCGAACCAAGAGAAAAGCUACUUGUGAUUUGUGAAGACCCUGAAGCGAGCAUUUUCACCCUCCCACGAGCCCUUCAACUGCGUGGAAAUCCCGAAAAACUGGGUGACAAGACAUCGUAUUUUUUUAUGUCAUAACUAAAGGCGAAUAGCAUAUCAGUUAUUUCACAUGAAAUCAAAAUAUCAACUUUGAUUCCGGCAGAUUUUGAUAAUCGGGCGAUCCUACCAUCUCUAUAUGAGUUCGCUGAUUCAGAGACUAACAUUAAAGAAAAAAAGUACCAAUUCCGUAGAGUUGUUGCAGAAAAAACUGCAUUCAAACCAUAAAAAUGUCUUUGUAGAUCCAUCAGCCUUUAGGGUGUGGUGAUCAGUUUUAUGAAUCUGAUUGAGCAUUAAAUGAUUACCAUGCAAGUUCUCAAAUCGGAAUUAAACACUCUCAUCAUUUGAACAUCAAGCAGUGCUUCAUACCUGCUACGAGUUGGGAAAGGGCAAAUCCUUUGAGUAAGUAUGAGUAGGAUAAAAAAAGAAAUUUUUUUUCUCAAUUGCAACUUCCGUAAGUGAACCUGAACCAUCCGUAAAUGGUGAAGCUCGCAAAAACUAGUUCUUAAGGGUUAUGCAAAAACGACAAAAAUUCAGAAAUUAAAAAAAAAAA